AUGGCCGUGGCGGCGGCGGCGUUGUCGUUGUCGUUGUCGGUCGGGCCGCCCGUGUACUGCGUCUGCCGGCAGCCCUACGACGUCAGCCGCUUCAUGAUCCAGUGCGACAUCUGCAAGGACUGGUUCCACGGAAGCUGCGUCACGGUCGAAGAGCACCAUGCCGUUGACAUCGACCAGUACCACUGCCCCAAUUGUGCUGUUCUCCACGGAGCCUCCUUAAUGAAGAAGAGGAGGAACUGGCACAGACACGACUACACGGAGAUCGACGACGGUUCCAAGCCAGUGCAAGCCGGAACCCGGACUUUUGUGAAAGAAUUACGGGCUCGCACCUUCCCGAGCGCUGAUGAAAUCGUCGUCAAGAUGCACGGCAGCCAGCUGACUCAGAGAUACCUGGAGAAACAUGGGUUUGAUCUGCCAAUUAUGGUUCCUAAAUUAGACGAUCUAGGACUCAGACUCCCUCCUCCUACUUUCUCUGUGGCGGAUGUUGAACAUUAUGUAGGUGGUGACAAAAUGAUAGAUGUCAUUGAUGUGGCAAGGCAGGCAGACAGCAAAAUGAAGCUUCACAACUAUAUUAAGUAUUUCAUGAAUCCUAACCGGCCAAAAGUAUUAAAUGUGAUCAGCCUCGAAUUCUCAGACACAAAGAUGUCUGAAUUGGUGGAAGUUCCAGAUAUCGCCCGCAAACUCUCCUGGGUCGAAAACUACUGGCCGGACGAUUCGGUCUUCCCAAAGCCAUUUGUGCAGAAAUACUGUCUGAUGGGGGUCCAGGACAGCUACACUGACUUCCACAUCGAUUUUGGCGGGACGUCGGUUUGGUACCACGUGCUUUGGGGGGAGAAAAUCUUCUAUUUGAUAAAGCCAACGGAUGAGAAUUUGGAACUGUAUGAAUCGUGGAGUUCAUCUGUCACCCAGAGUGAAGUGUACUUUGGGGACAAAGUAGAUAAAUGUUACAAGUGUGUGGUGAAGCAGGGACACACCCUUUUCGUGCCCACAGGGUGGAUCCACGCUGUGUUCACGUCUCAGGACUGUAUGGCUUUUGGAGGAAAUUUUUUGCACAACCUCAACAUUGGCAUGCAGCUCAGGUGUUACGAGAUGGAGAAAAGGCUGAAAACACCUGACCUUUUCAAAUUUCCUUUCUUUGAAGCCAUCUGUUGGUUUGUGGCCAAAAAUCUCCUGGAAACCUUGAAAGAAUUGAGAGAAGAUGGUUUCCAGCCCCAAAACUACUUAGUGCAGGGAGUGAAGGCAUUGCACACCGCUUUAAAAUUAUGGAUGAAAAAAGAACUCGUAACAGAACACGCCUUUGAGAUUCCAGACAACGUAAGACCCGGACAUCUCGUCAAAGAGUUGUCUAAAGUGAUCCGCUCCGUGGAGGAGGAAAACAGCAAGCCGCUGAAACCCCAGGGCCUCCUCAGCCCGGGCCCGGUUUCCCGCUCCUCGAACGAGGCGGCUUCCCCUCCCCAUUCCAGACGGAGGAUGAGGAGGCUGCGGGACCACUCUGCCAGGGUGCCUUCGAACCUGGACAUCUUAGAGCUUCACACCAGGGAGGUCCUCAAGAGGCUGGAGAUGACGCCGUGGGAAGAGGACGUCUUGAACUCAAAACUUAAUGGAAGAUUCAACAAGCCCCUGCAGCCCUCCUCCACGGUGCCUGAAUGGCGAACAAAAGACAACGACCUGCGCUUACUGCUGUCAAAUGGAAGGAUAAUUAGAGACGAGCGACAACCCUUCACAGAUCGAAGCUUAUACACCGCAGACAGCGAGGAUGACGACGACAGAGGAAGGUCAAAAAAGCCGAAGAAAGUCAAGAUAGAGCAAAACUCAGGAUUGGAAGGAGAGGGACGCGGGGAGUUCCAAAAACCACUGAACAUGUUCUUUGAAAGUGUGAAAUCAGAACUCAGGAAUGCCUCCUCAGAAUACUCUGAUGUUUCAGAUUCAGAAGACUCUGAGCUUGUGCGCACUCCUCAGCAAAAGUAUUCCUCCACAGAGGAAUCGGAAAGCUCAGGUGAUGAAGAGAAACAGGAAGCAACGUCAGAUUUUAAGGAGGGCUCUAAGGUCGUGAGGGCCCUCUACCAGCAUAGCCAGAAGCCAUUUAGAAGAGAAAUUCCAAAUAAAAGGGAAUGUCCUACCUCAACCAGCACUGAGGAAGACGCUAUCGAGGGCAUGCUAUCCAUGGCGGGCCUGCACUAUCCAGCGUGUUCACCGGCUCAGACGCAAAGCACACACUUCCCAGAUAGAAGCGCUCUUCAGGAAUACGGCGCCUGCCCCCGGAGCCGGCCCGAGGACCCCAAAAGGGGGGACUACAGUCGGCAUCUCAAGGUGGAAGAGAGAGACCUACCGACUUCUUCGUGGGUUAGGCAGCUCGACGUGACGUCCGGGUUCACCGCUCAGGACCUGGGCAGGGGUCAGAGGUGCAUCAAGAGGGAAGGCCCACCGGAAGCCGGCCUGAAGCUGCAGAGCAGGAGCUCCCCGGACCGCGGUGCUUCCAGCCUCCCCGACGGGAAGUGUCUGCGGGACUCGGGUGCGAUUCCCGGGGCCUGCCACUUGAGCGACGGCAGCCUCAGUCCCGAACGGCCGUUCGGGGAGACGGCCUUACAACCUGGGCCCCUUCACCCCAUCAAGAGGCCAGCAGCCAACCCGCCUCCCAUCAGCAACCAGGCUACUAAAGGCAAACGCCCAAAGAAAGGCAUGGCGACGGCCAAGCAGCGCCUCGGGAAGAUCCUGAAGCUGAACCGCAAUGGCCACGCCCGCUUCUUUGUAUGAUGCGGCCGCCCCGGUCCACCCGCCGCCGUCCGCCCUGCAGGGACCAGUAUCGGGGGCCCGACGCCGCCCCGCGGGUCCCAAGCGGACCCCGGCCCGGUCGGGGGUCGGGGGCCGCGUUUCCACUGUGCCACACCGUUCAGCAAUAACCCUGU